AUGAAGGAUGGAAUCCUGCCGUUUUUUUGUGGCUGGUCUUCUCGCCGAGCCAGGUUCACUCUUGCCAUCCUCGCCAUUGCCACGGCCGUCAUCGCCGCCCCCGUUGAGAAGACCAACUGCGAUGGUUUCUGUACGGACGAGUACGCUCCUAUCACCUGCUCCAACGGUGUCGUCUACGGUAACGCUUGCAGGCUCAACAAUGCCAAGUGCGACCCUCGCGCCUUUGACGGCGUCACCUGCAGCGCUGGCGACGCUUUUUGUUUUCCUUAUUCGGGGGGUAGCGUCUCAAUGGCUGCGAACGCGAGGCAUUCGCUGUUGUCAGGACAGUUAGCUGUUGGGCAGGUCGGCAUCAAAAAUCCCCGCGUCGGCAUUUAG